AUGUCGACGGACCCUGUCAUGAGCAAGAGCAAGUUCAGUGACGCCGCCGUGCUCGCGGAGGUCGCGAAGAUACGGAAGGUAGCUGAAGUCCCCCGCCCGGCAGCUGCGUCGGGGAAGACGGCGUGGGCGAUGGCGUGGAUGCAUAUGAUCAUCUGGAAUGCGUGGAAGAGCACCUACUUCUUCGCGGACAAGAUCCCGGCGGGCGACUUUGCGAACUACCGCGCAUACGCGACGCUCUCGAUCAAGUUCCUUGCCGAGCAUCACGAGGCCGAGGAGAAGACGCUGUUCCCGAUGCUUGAGAAGAAGAUUUCGGGCUCGAUGGAGUUGAACCACAAGCAGCACGAGUCGUUCUUGCAGCCGUUGGAGGAGCUCAUCAAGUAUAUUGAGUCUGCCACGGAGGAUAAAUUCGACGCUGCCACCUUCAGGGCGAAGAUCGACGACAUCCUUUUCCCCGUCAUGGAGCACCUCGCGGACGAGCUGGAGUCGCUGGACGCCGAGAAGCUGAAGGCGAAGAUGUCGGAGGAGGAGCUGCAGGAGGUCAACAUGGCGACGCACAAGGCGCAGCAGUCCGACGACAACAAGCUCGCCCUGCCGUUCGUCGUCCAGAACCUCCCGCCCGGGUGCGAGUUCCCGCCGGCGCCUGGGUUCGUCAAGAAUACGAUUGGCCCGUGGAUGCUGUACUGGAAGUAUGCGUCGCUGUGGAAGUACACCGCCUACCCUUGGAAGCAGUCGCUGCCCAUCUCCGUUCCGUCCCUGUAA